UAUACAGUGACCGGAGAGGAUCCAAACCUAUACAUAAGUGGGAAUCUCAAUAGCAUCCAUGAGUAUUCAGUUCUUAAGUCGUGACUGUACUUAAAAAACCUUAAACCCCCCUCAAAGUGGUAACCACCAAGGCUUAUUACCUCCUCCCUAAAACCCUAAUUUUCAGUGACACAGCUUUCUUUGCUCUUUAAAUUCUAUUUCGCCUUGAUCAUUCUUUCUUCAAUAAGGAUCAAAGAUGUCCAAGAAUAAACCUGAACCAGAUUCAAAUCAAAACCCUAGAGUGACCUGGGAAGGUUGUAGUGUCUUGCUCGACAUCAACGAUGGCGACCGUUUGGUUUUCGCUCGUCUCACAGCCGGCUCGACAUUGAAAAUUGGGAACAAGAAUUGUUCUCUUCAGCCUUUGAUUGGUUGCCCCUUCGGUUCUUUGUUUGAAUUAGAGAAUGGAAGGGAAGGUCCGUGCUUAUCUCGCGUUAUUCCCAUUAAUGAAGGUAAAGGGGAUUGUCAAAUAAAAGAGGAGUCCAAAGACAACCGGGCAUUAGUUGAUAAUAAUACAGCCCAAAGUCUUACUGGUGAAGAAAUAGAUGAGAUGAGGAGACAGGGUGCCACUGGGGAUGAAAUAGUUGAAGCUCUCAUUGCUAACAGCGCAACGUUUGACAAGAAAACAUCAUUCUCACAAGAGAAAUAUAGACUAAAGAAGCAAAAGAAAUAUGCACCUAGAGUACUCUUGAGGCGUCCUUUUGCACGAAGUAUAUGUGAGGCAUACUUCAAGAAGUAUCCUGCCAGAAUUGGGUUCUUGAGAGUGGACACUCUAUCUCUUCUGCUUUCCAUGGCUAAUGUCACCACAUACUCUGAUGUCCUUGUGGUGGAUAUGGUUGGUGGUAUUCUUACUGGAGCUGUUGCUGAACGUUUGGGAGGUACAGGUUGUGUGUGCAAUACCCAUCUUGGAGUUACACCAUAUCCUAUUGAUAUAGUAAGGAUUUUCAACUUAAGUAAUGAAAUUUGCAAAAGGAUUGUGCAGUCUCCACUCACGGAACUUUGUUCAGGUCAAAAUGGGGUUUCUGCCCAAAUUGGCCAACCUGAAGCUGUCUGUAAUAUCAAAAGUCAGUCAAAUGAAGAAAUGUUAUCUUCGUCUUCUCUUUCACAUUCACUCAAUAUGGGUGAAACUGCACUUUCUUCUGAACAUGGGUCAUUGAAUUCUAUUUCUGAGACUGCAGCAUCUCCAGUUAUCAAAGCAUGCAAAGCUACAAAAGCUGGAGAGAAGGCUUCACAAGAGGCCAUUAACAUUUGGAGAGAGAAUGGUUUUUCCAGCCUAAUAGUUGCAGCUCCGGACCUGGAUGCUUGGAGCAUUGUAAAAGAACUCAUCCCACUUCUAUCAUUUUCAGCUCCCUUCGCAAUUUUUCAUCAAUAUAUUCAGCCUCUUGCAACAUGCAUGCACAACCUGCAGCUUGGGAAAAUGGCAAUUGGCUUGCAAAUUUCAGAACCUUGGCUUCGUGAAUAUCAGGUCCUUCCAUCAAGAACCCAUCCACACAUGCAGAUGAGUGCUUUUGGUGGAUAUAUUCUAAGCGGUACUAGAAUAUGUAAGGACGAUCAGCUCAAACAGAAGUAAUUCCUCGGCAUUUUCCCAUUUUCUGACCGCUCAAACAGAAGUAAUUCCUCGGCAUUUUCCCAUUUUCUGACCUUCUGAUUGGUUCAUGUCAAGAAGCAAAAAUCUGUUCCCCUAAUGGAUGGUUGCUAACUAAUAAUAUCUCAAUUAGAAUUGUACACUAGUUAUUUGUUUGCAAAUUUUGGAUUGUUCUCGUCUGAGCAAAUAAAAUUGUCAUAAAUGGUGUUGUAACAUUGUUCUUUAAUUAUUUUAUUUUUAUUUAAAUUAAUUUUUCAUUGGCAGUGGCUAAAAUCUGUUUUCUGUGCCAAUUUUAUGUAACAACUGGUGGAUCUCCUAUUAUGGUCAUAAUGAUUCUUAUGUGGAUGUUGAUCAUUUGAAGUCCGUCCUUAAUUCUCAAA